AUGCCCAUCACAAUCCUCGCCCCGCGUGGCACGCCGUCACAUCACAAGCCCACACGCUACGCCGCCACCGCAGGUUCGGACUCAGAUUCAGAUGGCGGCGCCGACAUUGAGGGCGAUAUUUCCAUGCGCCCCGCGAAGCGCCCUCGCGGCGAUAACUACGAGAUUGUCACGCCGGGUGAGAUCAUCACUGACGACCCCCAGUGGAUGAGAGGCCACGGAACCUACAUAACCCAAAACACCACCGAAAUCGUCUCCUCCGUCGCGGGCACCGUAACCCGCACAAACAAGCUCCUCUCCGUCCGGCCCCUCCGCGCCCGCUACACCCCAGAAAUCGGCGAUCUCGUCAUCGGCCGCAUCGUCGAGGUCCAGGCGAAACGCUGGCGCGUCGACGUCGGCUCCUCUCAGCUCGCCAUCCUCCAGAUCUCAGCCAUCAACCUCCCCGGCGGCAUCCUCCGCAAGCGCACCGACACGGACGAACUCCAGAUCCGCUCCUUCUUCGCCGAGGGCGACCUCGUCGUCGCGGAGGUUCAGCAGCUCCACCAGGACGGCGCCGCGUCCUUGCACACCCGCUCCCUGAAAUACGGCAAGCUGCGCAACGGCGUCUUUGUCGCUGUGACGGGCACCGGCGGCGGCGGCGGCGUUGUGAGGGCAAAGAGGCAGCAGUGGGUCAUGGACGCCGCGAGGGGCGCGGCAAAGGUGCACGUCACGCUGGGCGUCAACGGCUUCAUCUGGAUCAGCAAGCAUGUCGAGAACGACGCCGGCUCGGAGGGCGUGGGGCUAAACCGCAUGGAAGAGAGCGUUAGCGCCAACGUCUACUCGAGCCAAAACGACAAGAUUGACGACGAGACGAUGCGCGAGGUCGCGCGGAUACGGAGCGUCAUUCUGGCGCUGGUGGAGAACGGGCUGCGGGUGGACGAGGACAUGGUGGUCAGGGGGUACAAGGUGGCCGUCGACAUGGGCUUGGAGAGCAUCGAGGAUGACAUUUAUCUCGGGGGUGACCGAGGGAAGAGGCUUGCGGAGGCUCUGCUCAGAGAGUAA